AAAAAAAAAAAGUUUUGACUCCUCGCAAUGGCAUUUAGUCCAGCGCAAAUCCAGACUAACCGAAAAGCAAAUCACGCCACCGAAGGCCGCCGCCGAAUGACCUCCAAAUCCAUGGACCUCAUGUCUCAUUCCUCCGCUUUCCUCCUCCCUACGCUUCCGCCCAACCAGACGCCUUCUCCGACCUACGUGCCCGUCUUGCUCAACCAGAGCCUCCCGAGAUUCGCUCCCCUGCUCUGGAACCACGCACAACUACGUAUGUGUGCGGACGGCGGUGCCAAUCGCGUUUACGAUGACAUGCCUCUUCUGCUGCCCCACGAUAACGCCGUAGAUGUUCGGAAAAGGUACAAGCCUGAUGUUAUUAAGGGCGACAUGGAUUCAAUCCGAAAGGAUGUCCUGGAAUUUUAUGCUAGUAUGGGAACCCAAAUUAUUAAUGAAUCUGAGGAUCAGGACACGACGGAUCUGCAUAAGUGUAUAGCAUACAUAUGUGACUCGGCACCAAACCUAGAUAAAUCUAAUCUAUGCAUUCUGGUUGCUGGGGCACUUGGUGGACGGUUUGACCACAAGAUUGGAAACAUCAACAUGUUAUGUCGAUUCUCAAACAUUUGAAUAAUUCUCAUAUCUGAUGAUUGCCUCAUCCAUCUUCUUCCAAGAACACACUGCCAUGAGAUUCAUAUUCAGUCUUCUGCUGAAGGCCCUCAUUGUGGACUCGUAGCCAUUGGGAUUCCAUCUGGAAGUACUACAACCGAGGGGCUUCAAUGGGAUCUCGCUGAAACAGAGAUGAGGUUUGGUGGUCUGAUAAGUACUUCAAAUCUCGUCAAGGGAGAGAAAAUAACAGUGCAAUCCGAUGCAGAUCUUCUUUGGACUAUAAGCAUUAAAAAGACGUAGAUCUUGUGUUUCCAGGGUUCCUUUCAAUUAGCUGCGUACGUAAGUUUUCGUGUUCAAUUUUCAUUGGUUUUUGGCGAUCCUUAUUCGAAGAAUGUUGCAUCAUGUUGACAAAGAGCCUAAAGAGUGCUGAAGCACCGGGGCCAAGAAAAAUCAUAUCAUCAUGGGUUACAAAAAUAACCAAGGAAAGGCAAAUAUAAAUUUGAGGUAUUGCUUGCACUCAAAAAAGUUGGAAAAAUAGUCCUUCCUCGCAUAAAGUUUUGCUUUGACGGGCGCAUUUCUAGCAGACUCUACAAAUGUUAUUUUUUGUUAAAUUUGAAGCGCCACAUAGGUUUUGCCCACUCUGUAGAUUCAAAGACUCGCUAUCGCACUCUGUUCAUAUUUUUCCAGUUGUUAAAAGAUGUCAUUUGUCAA